CGUUUCUUGUCUUACUUCUCGCAGACAUAUACCCGUUCUUGUUCAUUACUUCUCCUGCUUUUCACUGAUCUCACUUCGUACAAUCUGCUUCUAUUUCUCCCUGGGGCUGCCAUGAUACAAACACUCUAGACCAAUCGAUCGGCAGCUCGACCCGGCCACUUUCUGAACCAUGGCAACCUUAGCAGCAUCACCGCCGUCAUCGCCGUCGUGGCCGAAGCGGCGGCCACGGGCGUGGGCGCUGCGCAUUGAACGCUACUGCUGCACCGCAGCAUCAUUUUUCCCUCUCGCAUUUGUGUAUGGGCUGACGACGUGGGCCGUGUGGGUGGAAGCCAGUGUCGGCUUCAAGCCGGUGCAGAGCAGCUGGAUAGGCAUCCCCAGCUCGCUCCUCGGAAUCUUCCUGUAUAUCUGCCUCAACACCUGCUACACGGUCGCCGUCUUCACCGACCCAGGCUCGCCGCUCAAGCCCUCCAGCAGCAGCAGCAGCAGCAGCCAGCACGAGUACAGCGCGCUCCCGGUGACAGAGCUGCCCCAGUACACGGCAUACACGGUCAACUCGACGGGCGGGUCGCGGUUCUGCAAGAAGUGCCAGUGUCCCAAGCCCGACCGCGCGCACCACUGCUCGACCUGCAAGCGGUGCGUGCUGAAGAUGGACCACCACUGUCCCUGGCUGGCGACCUGCGUGGGGCUGUACAACUACAAAGCCUUUUUGUUGUUUCUGAUCUACACCUCGGUGUUCUGCUGGGUGGAUUUCCUGGUGGCGUCGACGUGGAUCUGGAACGAGAUGCUCGACGACAGCAAGUACGUGGACUUCGACAAGAUGCUGCCCAUCAAUGUGGUGUUGCUGGCGGUGCUGGGCGGGAUUAUUGGGUUAGUGCUGUCGGGGUUCACCGCCUGGCAUAUCAGUCUGGCUGUGCGCGGAGUUACUACGAUUGAGUGUCUGGAGAAGACGCGGUAUGUCUCGCCGUUGCGGAAGGCGCUGGAUCGCCAUCGCUAUGAGGGACUUGCGGGGCACGACGCGGAUGGAGGCAACAGCGGGGGUGGGGGUUUGGGACAUCGGUUGCAGGAGUACGGGGGCCAGAUCCUGGAGGCGCAUGCCAAUGCGAUUCCCGGGGUGACGAGGGCGGAGGAAGGGGAGGACGAGGCUAGCCCUCCUCCGCCGGGCGCCGCAAGACAGUUCUCGUCGGGGCAGGACGGGUUGAGUCCGGCGCAGCAGGCAUUGACGCGGUCGUAUGCGGACAUGGAACGUCAGCGCGAGCACGAUCGCUACCAGAGCUACCUGGAGGAGCAGGACAGCGAGAAGAUGCCCCAUGCGUUUGACCUGGGGUGGAAGCGCAACCUGCUGCAUCUGUUCGGGCGCCGGCCGCUGCUGUGGCCGGUCCCCGUGUGUACCACGACGGGCGACGGGUGGCACUGGGAGCCCAGCGCCAAGUUUCUGGAGGCGCGCGACGGGUAUUACCGGGACUUCUGGAUGGGGGCGGACGCGACAGCUGCGAAUAGUGCUGCUGCGUGGACACCGCACCAGCCGUUGGAUGUGCAAAGAAAGUGGUGCGAAAUGAACCCCUCCCUCCGUCGCCUCACCCGCGAACAAGUCGACCUCCUCAAAAACCCCGACCCAACCUUCCACGCCACCCCGAUCGACCCCUCCAACCUCUACGACUGGCACUUCACCCUCCAGGGCCCGCCCGCCCCCUCCCCCUACAGCGGGGGCCUCUACCACGGCCGCAUCGUGCUGCCGCCGACCUACCCGCUGCGGCCCCCCUCGUUCCGGUUCCUGACGCCCUCGGGCCGGUUUGAAGUCAACCGGGAGAUCUGUCUGAGUAUCUCGGGCCAUCAUGAGGAGACAUGGCAGCCGGCGUGGGGGAUUCGCACGGCGUUGAUUGCGUUGCGGACGUUUAUGGAUGGAGAUGCGAGGGGGCAGGUCGGGGGGUUGGAUGUCGGGGAGGACGUUCGGAGGGGGUAUGCGCGGGGGUCGAGGGGGUGGAGGUGUGAUUUGUGUAAAGGGCGGGUUGUGGGGGAGGAUGAUGAUGAUGAUGAGGGGGAGGGUGGUGGUGGUGGUGAUAAUGAGGGGGAGGGGAGGACGAAUGAGGAGGUUAUGGAGAGGUGGUGGGCGUAUUGUCGUUCUCGGGGGGUGGAGGUUUCUUCUGGUUCUGAGGGUGAGGGUGAGGGUACUGGGGGUACGGUGAAAGAGGAAGAAGCGAGAGAGUCUGGUACUGAACAGGGUGAAGACACGAGGAAAGUGGAAGAUGAACAUGAGGCACAGACGGCCCUCUCGACAGACACGGCGGAGACACACCCUCCAACUAUUAUACACAGCUCGCCACCAACUCAGUCACAACCAGAAACCGCCCCGCAGCCGGUUCAGACUCCGUCUCAACCGCAACUCCUCCAGCAACAACCACAACCACAGUUGUCCCCCGAUACCCCCUGGCUCGACCGCGCCAUCAUCGGCGUCGUCAUCGCCCUAGUGGCCAUGAUCCUCCGGCGCAUCGCCAGAGACGAGUGACCACUCAGGGAACAUGAUCCGGUGGCCGUUACGGUAUAUCUAUCAGGCGUAUAUUUGUAUCUUCGCGGGCAUGACAAUUUGAUGUCUACUAGAAUGCUGCAUUCAAUCUU